GUACAGCUGAGUUAAACAUGGAACAGGUCCUGUAAAAUUCUCCGCCUUUUUCUUUUCCCAUAUUCUUGUUCCUUACUUAUUACUGUCGUUAUCCUCCUUCAUAUUCAACGCCAAAUAGUUCCAUAGUUCUUGAUUUUCUUUCAAUGGACUUACCAACACAAUCAUCAUCAACAACGACGAAUACUCCUGCUCGCUUCACUCUAGGCAAGCAGUCCUCACUAAAGCCUGAACGAAACAACCACUCUCCUCCGUCUACAUCGGAUGCCGCAGCGGCGGCGAAGGAGGAGGCAGAGGAGGAGGAGGAGGAUUCAGUAGUGGACCCCAGGGUGAGGUUAAUGUAUUUAGCGAACGAAGGAGAUAUUGAGGGAAUAAAGAAACUGGUAGAGUGUGGUACUAAUGUUAAUUUCAAAGAUAUUGAUGGCCGUACUGCUUUACAUGUCGCUUCUUGUCAACGCUUAACCGACGUCGUUCAGCUGCUUCUUGAUUCUGGCGCCGACAUCAAUCCGAAGGAUCGCUGGGGCAGCACUCCUCUUGCUGAUGCCAUAUAUUAUAAAAAUCACGACGUGAUCAAACUGUUAGAGAAACAUGGUGCAAAAACACCGAUAGCUCCCAUGCAUGUCCAAAAUGCCCGUGAAGUCCCAGAGUAUGAGAUUGAUCCUAGCGAACUUGAUUUUUCGAAUAGUGUUGAUAUAACAAAGGGAACUUUUCGCAUUGCAUCAUGGCGUGGAAUUCAAGUUGCUGUUAAAACACUGGGAGAAGAGGUUUUUACUGAUGAAAAUAAAGUCAAUGCUUUUAGGGAUGAGCUUUCAUUACUUCAGAAGAUUCGUCAUCCAAAUGUUGUUCAAUUCCUAGGUGCUGUAACACAAAGCAGUCCGAUGAUGAUUGUGACAGAAUAUUUACCUAAGGGAGAUCUUUGUGCAUAUUUGAAGCUAAAAGGUGCAUUGAAGCCAAAGGUAGCUGUGAAGUUUGCUCUUGACAUUGCUAGGGGAUUGAACUACUUACAUGAGCAUAAACCUGAAGCAAUAAUUCACAGAGAUCUUGAGCCUUCAAAUAUACUGCGGGAUGAUUCUGGACAUCUGAAAGUUGCAGACUUUGGAGUCAGUAAGCUUCUUAAAUUAACAAAAACGGUUAAGGAAGACAGGCCAUGUCAAGACACUUCUUUGCGAUAUGUGGCUCCGGAGGUCUACAGAAAUGAAGAAUACGAUACUAAAGUGGAUGUUUUUUCAUUUGCCUUGAUCUUACAAGAGAUGAUCGAAGGGUCUCCACCAUUUUCGACUAGAAAAGAUCAUGAAGUUCCUAAAGCUUAUGCUGCCAAUGAACGGCCUCCAUUUAGAGCUCCUUCCAAACAUUAUUCGCAUGGACUAAAGGAGCUGAUAGAGGAAUGUUGGAGUCAGGAACCAUUCAAAAGACCAACAUUCAAGGAAAUAAUAACCAGAUUGGAGAAUACAAACAAUCGACUUGCACGUAAAAGUAGAUGGCAGGUUGGCCCGCUUAAAUGUCUACAAAAUUUUGAAGCAAUGUUGAGGAGAGAUCGGCUGAAUCCAAGCAGCUACUCAAGAUCUUUAAGCAGAUGACGAAGUGCUAACCGCAAUAUCCGGAAAGUUUACAUUAUUGAGUGUGGAGAAAAUAUUCUUUUCAUGAUUUUUGCUGGUUUUCUAUAGAACAAUAAUUACCUGUAAAUCUAGUUAGAGUCUGUAAUCUCGUAACCAGUCAGCAGAACACAUCUUUCUGGACUUUUGGUUUUGGCUUUGUUUCACACUGUUAAUAGCAUAUAUUGUACAGAUCAAUUGGUGAAAUGAUUUAGUGAAGUGAUGCCUCAA